AUGCCACAACUCACAGUACAGCUUAAAACACCCAAUGGAGUCUCAUACACCCAGCCCAUCGGCUUGUUCAUCGGUAAUGAAUGGCACGCCGCCAAGUCAGGCGAAAAGAUCACAUCCAUAAACCCAACAGACGAGACCGAAAUUGCAACGGUAGAAGCAGCAGGACCCGAAGACGUUGACAUAGCCGUAGCUGCAGCUCGUAAGGCUUUCAAAGACCCAUCAUGGAGAGACAUCGGCGGCACAGAGCGAGGAAAGCUGAUGCACAAGCUUGCCACCAUAAUCGAAAGAGAAAAAGAAACCCUGGCAGCCAUAGAGACCUGGGACAACGGCAAGCCAUACAGCGCAUCACUUAACGAGGACUUAGCAGAGGUCACCGGUGCACUAAAUUACUAUGCUGGAUAUGCCGACAAAUUACACGGACAAGUCAUCGAGACUACCCCUGCGAAGCUCGCAUACACCAUUAGAGAGCCAAUCGGCGUGUGUGGCCAGAUCAUUCCAUGGAAUUAUCCGCUUGCCAUGGCAGCCUGGAAACUUGGCCCAGCUCUUGCUUCUGGAAACACCGUCGUCCUAAAGGCUGCCGAGCAGACACCUCUGAGCAUAUUGUACCUUGCAAAUCUCAUUAAGGAAGCCGGGUUUCCUCCCGGGGUUGUCAAUAUUCUUAAUGGCUAUGGUAAGUCGGCUGGAGCAGCGCUAGCUAGCCACUUGGAUGUCGACAAGAUCGCCUUUACUGGUAGCACCAAUACUGGUCGAGAAAUCAUGAAAAUGGCUGCCGUGAAUUUGAAGAACAUAACUCUAGAGACAGGGGGUAAGUCUCCUCUUCUGGUCUUUGAUGACGCGGAUCUGGAUCAGGCUGUAAAGUGGAGUCAUAUCGGCAUCAUGUCGAAUCAGGGGCAAAUAUGCACAGCAACAUCGCGAAUAUUGGUUCAGGAUGGAGUGUACGAUUCGUUCAUCAAAGCCUUCAAGGACCAUGUGGUGAAUACCAGCAAGGUCGGAGACCCCUUCGAAGAUAGCACUUUCCAAGGUCCUCAAGUUACCAAAGCACAGUUCGACCGGGUACUGUCCUACAUUGAGACUGGAAAAUCUGAAGGCGCAACGCUUGCCACAGGUGGGGAGGCUUACAAGAAUGUAAACGGCAAAGGCUUCUUCAUCUCUCCCACCGUCUUCACUGAUGUCAAAAAUACUAUGAAGAUAUUCAGAGAAGAGGUGUUCGGACCAUUUGUGGUCAUCAGCUCAUUCGAGACGGAAGAAGAGGCUGUUGCUAUAGCGAAUGAUACCACGUAUGGUCUAGGUAGUGCAGUGUUCACAAAGGACAUUGUCAAGGCUCAUCGAGUAGCACGGAAUAUCGAGGCCGGCAUGGUAUGGAUCAAUUCGAGCAACGACUCUGACUUUCGAGUACCAUUUGGCGGCGUAAAGCAGUCCGGGAUAGGACGUGAGCUUGGGGAAGCAGGACUCGAUUCUUAUACCAACAAGAAGGCCAUUCAUGUUAAUCUCGGCUCGUGGCUGUGA